AUGCUGCGUCAUGAUUACAAUGGAGAAAAAACAACGGCUGAAGAGAAAUCUACGAAACGUCAUGAAUCUCAACAUGGACGUUUAAGUCGAAAAUCAACGUCUAUUAUUGAUCAUUUAAAAACCAAAGUUAAACAAAAACGAUUAUCCAAAAAUGACUCAUUUGAUUUAUCUAAUGAAACAUUAAACCUCAGCAUAACUGGAAAUAUAAAUACCAAUAACAAUAACAAUAACAAUAAACGAUCGGAUCAGGAUCAUAAUGAAUCUCAACAUAAAAGAACUUCAACAGCAACUCGUUCUCGAUCAAUUACACCAUCAGUCAAAAAUUCAAAAGAACUCUUAUUCAAUAAUAAUGAAAUCGUACAUAAUGAUGACAAUAAUGUAUUUAUCGAAAACAAUGAACAAGAUGCAAUUGUACCUAAUGAAACCCAUAACGAUAAAGAUAUAGAAGAAAAUAUUCAACGACAAAGAAAUUCUAUAAAAUCUAAUACAAAUAAAAAAAUAACUAGAUCACAACCAAAAUUUAUCAAAUCAAAUAGCACUUUUACUGAAAUAACUAAUCAAUCCAAUGCAAAAAAACGACGACAAAUGUUACGACCUACGAGUUUCCAAAUUCGUGAUGAAGAUUUUCAUGUUAUAUUCAGUGAUUUACCAUCAGAUGAACAGUUAGUUAUCGCUUAUCCAUGUGCUUGGAGAAAAGAUGUAUUUAUGCAUGGCCGAAUUUUUCUUUCAACGAAUUAUUUAUUAUUUUAUGCACGUUUUUUCAAAUGGGAAGAAAGUUUACGCAUUCCUUAUAAAGAUAUAAUUAGUGUAACAAGAGAAAAAUCUGCUAUAGUUCUUCCAAAUGCAAUUAAAUUGCGAAAAAAGAAUGAAGAUGAAUAUUUAUUUGCUAGCUAUAUACCAAGAGAAAAGAUUUUUAUUGCUAUAUUUCGUUUAUGGCAAAAUGCUUUACUUGGCCAACCAUUAGGUUAUCAACAAUUACGAGCGUUUAUUUUGGCUGAUCAAUAUAAUCAUGAUGACUCGGGUGGUGACAGUGAAGAAUAUAAUGCUUUAGAAAAUAAUGAUGAAUAUACUCAUAAGUCUGUUGAUUUUUUGCAGCCAAGCCCUGUAGGAUCGAAUAGUUCAACAGAAUCAUUAAUACGAUCAAUAGAAGCACCAACACGACCAGUAGAAUCAUCUCGGCGUACAAUUUCAUUCAAAUUAGAUGAUGAAAAUGUAACUCAUUUACGUACAUGUACAUGUGAAACUCAUCUUGGGAAAACAUUUGCAGAUCGAUUAUUUAGUUUUAACGUCGAUACACUUUUUGAAUUAUUAUUUGGUGAUAAUUCAUUUACGCGUGCUUUUCAUAGUGCACAAAAAUUAGCGGAUUAUACUUUCGGUGUGUGGAAUUUAAAUACUGAAACUGGUAAACGAGAACGUCAAGUAUCAUAUAAAACAAUUAGUCAAUCUGUUCUCGGUACUAAUACGCUUUUCUGUCGAGAAAAACAGAUAUUAGAAGUAGAAAAACCACAUUUUAUGUACAUUCUAAAUACAGAAGUAUACAAUGAGGGAAUGAGAUAUACAGAUACAUUUUAUGUUGCAACACGAUUCUGUAUGGUACAAUAUGAUGCUGACCAUAGUUCAUUACGAGUUACUGCUGAAAUACGAUACAUUAAAAAUGUCAAUGGAUUUAUAAGAACAUUUAUUGAAAAAAAUGUGAACUCAUCUAUAGAAGGAGGAAUUAAUGAGCAAGUUCGAAGACUUGAAAGUCAUCAUGUAACAGAUAUUGAUCAAAAGUCUAAUCAGAAAUCAAUGCCACUAUCUGGAACACGUUCAAAACAAUCAAUAGAUAAUAAUAUACCUCAAAAACAGUCUGAAGAAAAUUCAUCAGUCAAUAUAAUGAGUUUACCUCGAUUUAAAUUACCUGUUACCGAAAAGACUAUUGCUGGUGAAGGUAGACUAUACGAUAUUGGUCUUCUUAUUGGUAUUUGUUUUCUACUUGUUCAUAUUUAUUUAUGGUAUAAACUAAAUUCUAUCGAGCAAGCUUUAUUACCACCUGAGACUAUAUGUUUGAAUCAAUGUAGACAAAAUUGUAAAUAA